AUGCCACACAAUGAGUUCAUCCUCAGCCAGCUGGUCUUCGCCAACCUGAUGGUGACACUGAGUCGGUGUAUUCCUCAGGUUCUGACCGCAUUGGGCAACGACCUGCUCUUCAAUGACCAUGCAUGCAGAACAAUGAUCUUUGCCUACCGUUUUAGCCGUGGCAUGUCAAUCGCCCUUACCUCCCUGCUGAGCUUCUACCAAUGUGUGGUUAUUGCUCCACCCAAACCUGGCUGGGCCUGGCUGAAACGCUGGGUUCCUGGCCACCUACCGCACAUCAUCAUCUUCAUCUAUGGGCUCAAUGUGAUCACCUACUCCCCUGCCAUCCCCUACAUCAAGUCCUUUCCUGCCAACGGCACCAUCCCAGAGUUCACCCUUAACCUGAAGUUCUGCAUUGUGGUGUUUCCAGGCCCCACGACUUACUUAAUCAAAGGUAUUGAAAACAUCGUACGAGACUUUGCCUUUGUUGGCCUGAUGGCAGCAGCAGCAGUGUACGUGAUGCUGAUCCUACAUCGGCACCGUCAGCAGGUUCAGAGUCUGCAGGGGGCCGGCCGGAAGACGGAGGAGGCAUCACGUGCCGUUCUGCUGCUCGUGAGCACGUACGUGCUGCUGUUCAGCUUGGACAAUGUACUGUGGGGCUACACGCUCUCUGUCUCCCGGGUGCACCCAACCGUCUCCGACACACGCGUCUUCUUCGCCAACGGCUACUCAGCCAUCAGUCCUGUGCUCAUUAUCAGCACCAACAAGAAGCUGUCUGCUUACUUUCGCUGUGGCAUCAAACGCAAAGCAACAGAAAACAACCCCAACAGUAAGGUGCCAAACACCUCACUGGUGACAAUAACACAAUGA